GAAAGACUUGAAACCGCUCCGAGGAACGAAUUCGAAACAAGAGUUGGAGCGCCGGGACCGCGGAGACGUCACAUGCCAGAGGCCGCUCUUCAUUGGUGUUGCCAUGACGAAGCAAGCGUGACGUCAAGCGCGGUCCCGGUAAAGGGCGGGAGAGUGGGCCUCACAUCGGGAGGAUCAAACGAAGCAUCGCUUGUCGACUCGUGCUUCUGCUGUUCCCUCGUGAUUUCGCCCCAAUGUGAUCUCGAGUGUUGCUCUCGGGAAGAAAAUUCGCGGAUUGUGCGUGCGACCGUAAUAGUGUGACACAGUGCUCGUUGUGAACGGCAGUGGAGUCAGUCUGGAGAGCUUUGCGAAGACGCUGUCAAGCGGAACGCCCCAGACCCCCUGCCCGUGGCCAGCGUCUGGCUGCUCCGGCUGCGAGCUCCAGGAGUCUCCCGUGUCUCCUCCACCUGACGACACCUCACCGGGCUUCGGCAACCGACGCCCAGAAAUCAUGCGCACGGACAAGAAGCCGGACACCCCGUUCUUGGACGAAAGCACCGGAGAAGAAAGUAGCCCUUCAUGGGCCUCGAGCAGCACGGGUACCACACCUUCUUACGGCAGUUCGAGCCUCGCCUUCGAUUUCGGACACAAGUGUAACGUCAGCAGCGACAGCCUCCCGUCAUCCGAUGCGUCGACGAGGCCCUCGCUGAGGCGUCAGUCGGUGACCUUCAAACUAAGCAGUAGUGCGAGCACAGACGAACUGACCCAGGUGGAGGGACCGCGAACGCAUCAUGAAUGGGCUCUGGCGUUCAGAAAGUUACGGAAAGGCUCGGCAGACAGUGAGAGUUCCUCCCAUCGGGCACAGGACUUCCCCGGGGCGGGACACGAUGCAAAAGAAGGAAAAUUUUCGAGACUGCUUCGUAGGACACACAGCGCCGGAUGUAAGGAUGUCGCGGCACAUGCUCCGUUCCUCAAGUAUAAGAUGCCGGUUACGAAAACAAAGAGCGCCGAUGGGACGCCUACUUGUGGUCGGGAGGAUGCGGAGGACAAGAUUAAAAGGAACAAAAAGACGCUAGCCCAGGACAUGAAGUUUAGGCUUAGCUUUCUACGGCGGCGCCACACGGAGACCUCCAUACACCCAUCGGUUCGCCCGUCACCGGAAGAAGCUCAGAAGUGGGCUCACUCCUUCCAGGAGCUGACCAAUUCAAAAUAUGGCUUAGCCCUGUUCAGAGCCUUCCUCUCCCGGGAGUUCAGCGAAGAGAACAUAGAGUUCUGGCUCGCGUGCGAGGACUUCAAAAAGUGCAGACCUAACAAGCUCCCGACUAAAGCGCGGAGAAUCUUCAGCGACUUCGUCGCAGCGCAAGCACCGAAAGAGGUGAACCUGGAUGCCAGCAUGCGGUCCUCCAUCAUGAACAGCCUCACCAACCCCGACCAGCACGCUUUCGAUCAAGCACAACGGCGUAUCCAGGGCCUCAUGGAACAAGACGCCUACUUACGUUUCCUCCAGUGCGAUCUCUACUUGGAACUCUGUAGUGAAAACAACCCAAGCCAAAAGCAACAGGCCAGAGAGAGCCCUUGAAAGACCCUCGUACCAGUGUCAGUGUAAUUCAUCACACUGCGGACUCUACUCCUGGACGUGCACGCUGGCGUGUAUCGUUUGGAGCACCAGCAUCGCGACGCAGGUUCGCCUCCAGCAAGAGAACUGAGCUGAUGGGCAGCUUGCAACACUGUGUUGCAUCACGGUCUGGUGCUUUUCAUCUGUUAUUGAUGGGAAAAACAAACACCUUAUAGCAGCCUCCACAGGCACAAGGAAGGUACACGCUAGGGGACGGUACGCGACAUUUUGUUUAGUGCAGCAACUGGCAUUCAAACGAGCACCGUAAACUAUCGAGCGAAAUCUGCUCUCGUCAAAUCUGCAUUAACGAAAGCUCAGAAUCAUCUCCAUUAGGACAGGGCGAGGGAAACCUUGUUGGCGUUCAGCGAGAAUACGACAAUCAUUCAGAUGCAGAGCACCAGCCUUUCGGUUUUCAAUUCCAAACUCGGUACAAAACACUCCCCCCCUCCCACUACGCGAAGUACGGCUGCUGAUGUGCGGGGUCUACCAGUGUUGCUGGACCACUGGCCAGUGGUCUGGCAGUUGUCUGAACUGUUGCUGGACCAAAUAAAUCUCCAAGCCCAACUGUGGAAGAACUGCGAGUGGUGAACUGACAUGACAUUCCUCUCUGUGUGAAUAGUGUGCUACUGCACAGCAUAGCAAAUGUGUCACAAUGAAAUGAGGUUAUAGUGCAAAGUGAUUGCCUUGCCAGCUACGUACAAAUGUAUUACACGGGAGUGUGUUCAGCCAUCAUAUCAAGCCUAGCCAACAAGUUGUGUGCUGUGUCAAUGCCACCCAGAUAAGCAAAACCAGAUCGCUUAAAUGAUGUGACAUGGUCAUUAAGAGUCCGCCAAUCAUGGACCCACGCUUUUGGCGGCCGUGGCUGUGGAGACUAGCCACCAUCAACCACAUAGGCAGCCACUGGAAGCCCGCAUUUUAAAUCGUCUGUGGAGAUUGGGUGAAGCAGACGACAGGAGGCAUUAUGCAGGCUUUCUGCAUCUGGGUGGUGCUGGCUGUGUAAAGUGUACAAAAGGAAAUGAGAGAGACCUUCUUGCUCUGGUCAGACUUGUUUCCUGUGAAAAUUUCUUAAACACAAUAUAUUGCUUGUGGGUUGACAAUACAUCAAUAUUGUUUUCUUUUUUUUUCCUCUCUACUCCUCCCCCUGAUGGACACUGUCAGACUUCCAAGUGACGUAAAUUGUCAUUUAUGCCACUUUGGCGCUUCUCUCCUGCAUGAAAAAGCAGACACGAAGAUAUAAAAAAAAAAAACAUGCUGAGACGUGCCAGUUAGGCAUGCAAACAGCAUGCUGCUGUUCACAUCAUGCUAUUCUGUGAACUGUACAGAUAAAGCUAAUGCAUUAUGCUUAUGCGUGGCAAAUUUAUGUACACUUCUGUCUGUUGUGUGUUGUGCAUAAGGAAAUCAUGUUGCUCUUGCAGUAAUAAUGUUACAUUUUAUAAGACCCUGCACUCAGGUUUUUCACAAAGCACACACAAGAACAGAUGUGCACCAUGUAUUAUGCUAUAACGUGCAUAAUUUAUUUAUAUCUGCAGGCCUCAUAAACUGCUGGAGUACAGUCCCUAUCUAAACAUCCAUCACCCAUCACCACAAUAAAAACGGGAUCUUUGCACGUUUGAUUAGCGUGACUGAGCAAGAGAACCUUAUGGUUCUUUCAAUUACCCUCAUUCAGUGUCUUCCCAUCAAAAUAUCUGCAGUUUGCAUCUGGGAAAGAACCUAAGUUUUUCCCCGUGUGCAGAACAGAUGCUUACCUACACAUUGUGUUAUGAAGGUAGCACUUAGAGAGUAUGUUGCUAUGCAAUGUCUUGUCAUGAACAGCGAUGUCAGCAAGAAGGGGCUGCAACAGCCUGCUUGGAACGUGUACAAAUCUUAGGAAUCAAGUUCUGAAUCGAAACUGAAAUUGAAGUCACCUUCCACGCGCUCAUGUAUUCAGGAAAUUUGAUCCCUUCUUGUAUGAACUACUGCUGCCGCUUCCCUGUAAAGCAGCCGAAAAAAACACAUUGGGUGUGCACCGACUUAUAUUAACUUUGUACAUUGUGCGCUCUUUUUCAAGUGUCACUUCUUGACAUGUUAAUAUUCCAUGAAAGUUGUACUGAAGCAGGUGGGUGAAAUAAAAGCAAUCAAAACACAA